AUGGCUCCUGAAGAUCGUAAAUUUUUGAAAUGUCUUCGGAAUGGAGGUAGCGAUCACGAGGACUAUAGAAUUAUGCAGAUGACUAGAUUACCCUUCGGAUGCAAAACUUCUCCGUUUAUUUUGAGUGCAGUUAUUAAACAUCACAUUGCAAAAUUUGAAGCCGAAAGACCCGAUUCAGUGUCAAUGCUAAAUUCUGGUUUGUUUGUAGAUGAUUUGUAUUUUGGUGCGGAUAGUGUGAUGGGAUCGUUUACGUUAUCAGAUGCUGUGACAAUUUUGAGAAGUGGUGGGUUUAAGUUGAGAAAAUUAAGGUCCAACAGCAGUGACUUGAGAGCUUUGUGUGUCAAAAACGGAUUUUGUGAGAAUGAAGAAGGCAUUGAGUUGAAAGUGCUGGGGCUAAAUUGGAACCCCGACAAAGAUGUUUUGUCGUUGGAAGUGAAAGUGUUGGUGGAUAGUUUAAGAGGUUUGGACAAUACCAAGCGUUGUGUUUUACAGACUGCAGCGAGAAUUUUCGAUCCUGUGGGAUUGAUUGCACCCUUUGUAGUGAGAAUUAAGUGUUUAUUACAAGAGAUCUGGGAAAGGGGUAUGAACUGGGAUGAUGAUUUACCAGAGGAUUUACGACUUAAGUGGAUUACAUGGUGUAACGAAAAUAGGACGUUGAAGGAAAUAGUUAUUCCUAGGAAUUGUUUACAGGAUUGUGGGAAAAGAUUGGCAGAAAUUCAUAUAUUUUGCGAUGCAUCGCUCAGGGCCUACGGGGCAACAUCCUAUACAAGGUAUGUCGAUAACACUGGAAAACGUAGAGUGUCCUUUUUGAUGUCAAAAAAUAGUGUAGCUCCACUUAAAACAUUAACGUUACAUAGGUUGGAAUUGAUGGCUACUGUGAUAGGGGUUAGACUUGCGAAAUUUCUAGAAGGUGUUUAUUAUAAAAUUGUUGGGAAAUUCAUAUUUUGGACAGAUUCUCAGAUAGUGUUGUAUUGGAUUAGAGGAAAUGCCAAGAGGUGGAAGCAGUUUGUGGCGAAUAGUGUUGCAGAGAUGCACGAAAAGCCGAAUCCGAAUGAUUGGUUUUAUUGUCCAUCGGCAGAUAACCCAGCAGAUUUGCUCACUAGAGGAGUUUCUGCUGAAAAUUUGAUAUCCAGUCAAAAAUGGUGGUAUGGGCCUAACUGGUUGUUGCAGAAUUGUAAUUAUUGGCCGGAAAAAUCAGUCAAGCAAUCGCAGGAUGUGGGUAAUUCAGAAAUAUUGAGGGAGAAAAAAGCAGAUUCGGUUGUUUUGUGGUUCAGGUGA